CGCUGCCAUCGAUCCGCGCAGGCCGGACCCCAGGUCCCGAGCCCAAACCCGCCCGCGGCUACAUAUAAGCCGCGCGCAGGGGGGCGACACAGGCACCCUGCGCAUUAGUUGCAAGCGCGCGGCAGUUGAGCGAGCUGAGAGCGCGAGGCGAGCUCGCGACCACCGGCCUCCAUGGACCCCUGCGCGUUCGUCCGCCUCACGGUGGACCACCUCCUCCUCAAGCUCCCCUCCGUGCCACGCCCCAACUCCGGCGCGGGAGUGCACCCCUCCACCUCGCCCUGCUUCUGCACGCUCCACCUGCAGGACCACCCCUCCUCCUCCCGGACCGCGUCGCUACCGCUGGCAUCCGCAUCGGGUCCCGCGGCAGCCGCUCGCGCCGAACCCGUCGUGCUCAGCCUAGACGCCGAGGCCGUGCGGCGGCUCUCGGCGCGCCCCGCCGAGCUCGUGGUGUCCGUGCACGCCGGCCACACGGGGAUGAACACCUGCGGCAUGAGCGCGGCCCGCGCGCUGGGGCGGGUGCGGGUGGCCGUGGACGUGGCGCGCGCCGCGGCCGGGGAGGCCGUCGUCGCCCUCGACGGGUGGGUUGACGUGGGGAAGCCGGCGUCGGGGUCGUCCUCCUCCGGCUCCGCUUCCGCGCGCGCGCAGAUCCACUUGGUCGUGCGGGCCGAGCCCGACCCGCGGUACGUGUUCCAGUUCGGCGGCGAGCCGGAGUGCGGGCCCGUAGUGUACCAGGUGCCUGGAGGAGGCGCCAGCCGCGGGCAGCGGCAGCCGGUGUUCAGCUGCCGAUUCAGCGCCGGCCGCAAGGCAUCUAGGAGCAGAUCGCUGACGCCGCAAUCGUCCAUGACCCGGAGCACCAGCCGGAGGCUGCGGUCCUGGCUGAGCAGCACCCUCCACGGCGACGGCCGCGACGUGCACGCGCGCCGCGAGCAGCGCAAGGGCUGGACGGUGACCAUCCACGACUUGUCCGGCUCCCCCGUGGCGGCAGCGUCCAUGGUCACCCCAUUCGUGCCGUCCCCGGGCUCCGGCCGCGUCUCCCGCGCCAACCCGGGCUCCUGGCUCAUCCUCCAGGCCACGGGCGCGGGGCCGUCGAGCUGGAAGCCCUGGGCACGGCUGGAGGCGUGGCGCGAGCGCGGGCCCGUCGACGCGCUCGGGUACCGGCUCGAGCUGGUCUUCGACUCGGGCCCCCACGAGUGCGCCGUUCCCAUCGCCGAGUCCUCCAUCAGCACCAAGCGCGGCGGCCAGUUCGUCAUCGACCCGGCCACGUUCCUCGAGGCCGCCGCCGGCGCCGCAUGGCCGUUCGCCGGCGGGUUCGUCAUGGGCUCCACGGUGGAGGGCGAGGGGCGGGCUAGCCGGCCCACCGUGCAGAUCGGGGUGCAGCACGUGACGUGCAUGGGCGACGUGGCGGUGUUCGUGGCGCUGUCCGCGGCCGUCGAUCUCUGCAUGGACGCAUGCAAGCUCUUCUCGCAGAAGCUCAGGAAGGAGCUGUGCCAGGACCAAGACGAGUGAGAGACCGACCCGAACCGAACCGAGGGAGUGAAUAAUUUAGCACUCUUGGGUUUGCCUUUGUGUUGUGAAUUGUACGGUGUGUGUGAUUAAUCUAGUCGAUUAGUUGUUAUUUCUUGUGGAAGUGAUGGCCUGUGGCUGUUUUUAGUUCAGGCUGGGUCGGAUCACAAGAACAGAGCGGGCUGUGAUCAUUCUUUCAUUAUGGCAUUCUUUCGAUUCUUUCUGUA